GCUUACCGCUUGAGCAACCCAGUUUAAGUUUAACAUCCGUGAUUUGCGUAACAUGUGUAUUGUGUAUUGGAGACCUAUUUCAGUGUACUGAGGAAGCCAUCUUGGCUCCUAAUUGGGGCGUCAGCAUUUGUUAAGAGAUUUAAUUUAUUAAGCCUCAAAACUUUCAGUCGUCUCUUUAAGAUUCGUGAACUGUAAUUAUGACGUCCUGUACCAUGUACCAUGUACCCUGUACCCUGCUGUACCCUGCAUGUCCUCAAUAGAAAGCUCACACAGGGGGCUAGAAUAAUCCACUGAUUCCAGUACAGAUCUAAAUGUAAGCGAGCUGUACCUUCCUAAGGGAGCACCAGCUCGGCUCGGGGGCAGCUCCAUUUGACCAUUUUGGGAGCAGUACUACUCGGCUCAUUCUCCCUUUAUAACAAUGAUCUGUGGCUUUUGUAGCAGUAUUACACCGGUUCAGUCCCCAGCCGUUCACAAUGAGCCAUUAAAACUGGUGUCUCUUUACUUGUUUGCAAUUUGAUAACCUUACCGAUUUUAGUUGUAGUUGUGAAAUUAGUGAAAUCAUUUUUGACGAGACUUGUACUUUUAUUUUGAACCUGUUCAUGUGGUAUGUUUUAAUUGCAUGAGGACUAGUUAAUUUACUUAGAAAAGCAAGCACAAAAGUGAUGGUCAGGUAACGAACUGUCGUAAAUAUCGUUAAACUAUGAUAGACGAGUUUCUGAAGCUUACGACCAUCGUCAAGGAUUACACGUUAGGAGCGGUAACUGGAUGGUACUCUAACAACAGAUUACACAUCAACAAUCGGGAGCUAUGUCUGUGUCUUAUUCUUAACUUCACCGUUUGGUCCACAAUUGGUUCGCUACUGCCGUACCUGCCAGUGUUUUACAGAAGUAUAGGACUAUCAGCUGAGCAGACCGGAUUUGUAAUCGCCCUGAAAAGUCUCAUCGGUGGAGUUAGUUGUAUAUUCUGGGGCGCUUUUGCUGAUAAAUUCCAGAAAAGGAAAGCAGUGUUCAUCCUCUCCAUCUUGUCAUGGACCCUAUUUGCUGCGUGCAUGACUAUCAUCCCACCGAACGCUGUCUUCAAGAGCAUGGAGGUCACCAGUUUAGUCAAGGUGACUGAUCAAGCAGGAAACGUAGUGGACAUCCUGAAUGGGACAGCCAAGUGUUACGAAGGGGAGGAUACAGGUAUCGGCAAGAUGGGGGAGUGUAGUAAGAAUAGUGCUAAAGGAUACGCUUCUCUUACUGGACCAAUUGGCGACAACGGGACGAAAGCAGAAGUAGCUCAGAUAAUUGAACCUACGGGUGGAACGACAAUGCAGACAUUUGCUCUGUCUCUGGUUACGGUGUCAGUUUGGUCCUUUUUUGGGAGUGCUUCAGCUCCUCUACUAGACGACAUUGUCUUUAGGAUCAUUCCUAGAGAUCACAAUACUUAUGGGCGAUUCAGAAGUGUUGGCAGCUUAGGGUACGGUAUAGCUGCACUAAUAGUGGGAGUGUUCGUAAAGGACUACAUCCUCACUAAAUCAGACGUUAUCUUGACCCCUGACUACCGACCCUCAUUUUACUUCACCAUAGCUUCCUCUCUGGUGAGUGUGGUGGCUGUUCUCUUCAUCCAGAUGGAGGAGGAAGGCAGUCCGCUUAUCCCCUCACCUCCCAAGAUACCGAUACUAAAGAACAAGAGGCUGCUGACACUGCUGGGGACCGUUUUCUGUCUGGGAAUGUGCCACAACAUGAUACAGAACUUCCUUCUAUGGUAUAUAGAAGAUAUAGACGGAUCCCACAUCUGUAUGGGUAUAGUUGUCCUAACUGAACAUCUCAGUGAAAUUCCAUUCUUCUUCUUUGGAGAAUACGCGAUCAAGACAUUCGGUCACACUCGACUGAUUGCCAGCGCUUGUAUUGUCUAUGCUUUUAGGUUCUUGUCCUAUUCGAUCAUAUCAAAACCGUGGUUGAUAGUUCCGUUAGAGAUUGGAAAUGGAGUUACAUUAGCUCUGAUGUGGUCAGCAGCUGCUAGCUACGUUUGUCAAGUAACUCCGCAGAAACAUCAGGCAACUACACUUGGUCUGCUUGGUGGCCUACAUUUUCAACUUGGACACUUCCUGAGUGCCAUUCUAGCGGGAGAAUUCAUCACUCACGCUGGUUUUAAAGCCGCCUGGUGGAUUUAUGCUACUUUUAUUCUGGGUAUAGGAGCUCUAUACGUCACCGCAGAUACUUUGCUACCCGAAAUAGAUAACUACGAAGAGCUAGAAGGGGACAACGUCGGAAAACAACCGAUGCCGUCUGAGAUUAUCGAAGUGACGAAUGUAGCAAUAGAACGGCCGACAUCUUCUGUAGCGCCAGAAGAGCGGACUGUUCCAGUACUAACAGCCCAGGCAGCAGAACCUGAGAUUCCUGCUCAACCAAAGGAGAGCGUUCAAUAACUGUAUUUAUAUGUUGUUAAUUAAUUGUUUGUGUAUUUCGCUUAUUUGUUUUUAUUGAUAAUCGAUAAUUGUAUAAUUCAAAAGAGAGGACUCAAUUGUUUUGUAAGUCUACUUGCACACUUUAUACAUCAAAUAUUGUACAGUUUCAUUCGAAAACAGCAUUUAU